UCUCCGAUAAAUCCCUUCUAUGUCCCUGGCUCUGGACGUGGUGCCAUCUCUGCCAUCGUGAUCCAGCCGUGCUCCGCCCUGUCUUUCCGCCAGGAACCGCCCGUCCGCCCGCCCGCAAGGCGCGCCGGUCUCUCUGCUUUCUCCCCCCCGUCGCCCUGGCUUAGCCCUCCCCCCGUCUUCGCUACCUCCUCUACCGUCUUCAUGGCGGCGCCGCUCGUUAAGGUACUGCACCGAAUGCAGGAGCUGUUCCACAACAUUGUCGCUGCAUUAGAGGCCGUGAUUUUCUUUCCCUCGCUCUUUCGUGACUCGUCCCGCAGGAAAUGGAGGAGGUCCUUCCGCGGGGCCGCCUGGCCGCGUCGCUCGCUCGAUGACUUUGCCCAUGAGAUCGACCGCCUUUUCAGCGCCCCAUUGGGGCUGCAGAACAUGCUGGCCAUGUCCGAAAAGACGCGCGAACAGCUCAAGGCAUGUCUACAGUCCAGUCCCGUUUGCAUGCUCCCGUCGUACAACCAUGCCCUGCCCACCGGGAAGGAGAAGGGAACAUACCUGGCCUUGGACGUCGGUGGAUCGACGUUCCGCGUGGCUCUGAUCGAACUGUGUGGCCGGGAAGAAGGCAUGAAGAUCUUGCAAGUGGCGUCCUCGCCAAUUGACAACACCGUCAAGGCGCUUGAGGGUACCGACUUCUUCGACUGGAUGGCCGAGAAGAUCGACUCCAUGUUGGCCGGGGUGGAUGCGCAGUACGGCCGUGGCGAGACGCCUCUGGCCAUGGGCCUGUCGUGGUCCUUCCCCAUCGACCAGACUUCGAUCAGCAGCGGACUGGUGAUCCACAUGGGCAAGGGGUUCUUAUGUUCCAAUGGCACGGUCGGCAAGGAGUUGGGUGAACUGAUCAUCCAGUCGUGUCGGAAACGAAACCUCAACGUGCGCGUCGAUGCCAUCGUGAACGACAGCUCAGCGACGCUUCUGUCGCGCGCCUACGUUGACCCAAGGACUCGCAUGUCGCUCAUCCUCGGGACCGGAACCAACGUCGCGGUCCAUUUCCCUGUCCACCAGAUCGGUCUGAGCAAGUUUGGUGUUCGGCCCCGGGAAUGGUUUGAACGGGCGAAGCAUGUGAUCAUUAACAGCGAACUCAGCAUGUUCGGCGGUGGUAUCCUUCCGAUGACGCGCUGGGACGAAGUGCUCAAUCGCACUCACCUCCGGCCGGACUACCAACCCCUCGAAUACAUGGUCACCGGUCGCUAUCUCGGUGAGAUUGUGCGGCUCAUCAUCGUCGAAGCGGUCGAGACGGCCGGUCUGUUCGGCGGAGAGUUGCCUCACUCCAUGCGAGAACCAUAUUCCUUUGAUACGUCGAUUGUGGCCUUCAUCGAGGCGGACACGUCCCCGUCACUCGCCCCAUCUGCCGCUCUUCUUCAGAAGGAGCAUACCUUCCACGCUACCCCAUCCACGGAGGAUCUCACCUUCCUUCGCCGGGUCUGCGGUUUCGUGUCCAGACGAGCGGCGGGUUACUUGGCCACAGCGAUUCAUAGCAUGUGGUGCUUGCGAAACGACGCCGAGUUCCCCAGCACAUCGUCCACGACCGUUCCAUGUGCGAAGAAGACGGAGCCAUCUGCGCAAGAAGUCACGGUGACGGAGAUUGACGAGCCGUCCAGGAGCCUGAGCAUUGCGUGUGACGGCAGCGUGAUCAACAAGUACCCGGGCUUCCGGGAUCGGUGUCAGGCCUACCUGGACAUGCUUGCUCGCGAGACGGACCACUGUCCUGAAGCGAUCGAUGGCACCAGCAAGCCGUCGAUCAAGCUGGAACUGGCGCCGGAGAGUGCUAUCUUCGGAGCCGCCGUCGCCGUCGCCGUUGCCAUUGACGAGAAGCAGUCGACGGUGACAGCGGUCGAUAACGCCCGGUAG